AUGCAAUAUGAGCUCAGGACUCAGGAUAAGUGUAUCAUCAUGAGUAAAUAACUGGGUAUUUGUUCUCCACAGUCCCUCGUUGGACGAUGACCUCCUAUCUCCGUACCCCUACGGCCAUAGCCAUGGACCCUCGCACUCUCACCGACAUGUCCGAGACUGCCAGCCCGUUGUCCAUGGCAACGUCACCCACCAGACCUGGCCCGCCAGCAACCACACUGGGGUGCCCGUGGCUGAAUCCAAAGUCUUUGUCUCGGACGUCCCUGGCACAACCCGAUGGGUCACAGGUCAGUGGAGGAAAUACUCAUUUUGAAAAUACCCCUAAAAUAUUCAGCAGUUUUAAAUACCAUACCCUUAAAAUAUUAGGCUUUUGUCAAGUGAGAUUCUGUUCCAAAUGUUUUGUAGUGUAUAUAACCUCUAAAAUUAAAAAAUGAUUUCCUCCCUGCCACAGGUCACAUGACAGUAGUCCACGACCCCCUGAGGACGGUGUCUGUGCUGGAGCCUGGAGGGCCGGGGGGGUGCGGGAUGAACCAGAGGGAGGCGGUGGAGGAAACUGCUAGAGCCGGCAGGUGUCUCUAUGCCCAGAAUGGAGGGUUCUUUGGUACUAAGAACGGGGAGUGUUUGGGGAAUGUAGUGAGUGACGGGGUGCAAGUGAGGGACAGCGGAGGGGUGCAGAAUGCCCAGUUUGGCAUCAGGAGGGACGGGACGCUGGUGUUUGGGUAAGAGCUGCCGGUCUCGUUACAUUUCCUUCUCAAUCUCUCUCUGUACCUCCAAUUUGAGCUCCAUUUGUGGUUGUAAUGUUUAUAAUUUUUAACAUUUUUCUAGACAAAUGCUGUCAAGGCUUGUAGUUGAGGUUGUGGAACAAUGAUCCUGUUAUCAUAAAAUAUAAAGUUCUUAUGUUUAUUUGCUUUAAACACAAAGGCCUUUAUUACAUUCUAAGAUUAUUACUCAUUCUAAAUUAUCGCAAGUCUUAUCUCCCUAACAGCAAUGCUUCUUUGUUUUUCCAUCUGAAACUUUAAUGAACUGGCACAAGCCACACCUCUAUGCCCAAAAAUAGCCACCCAACGAAAACAACACAUGCACACGCCACAAGAACCCUAUAGCGUAAUAUGACGACUACUAUCGAACAUAAUCAAUUAGAUUAGAACGGUACUCCCUGUUCCCUGGAGAAGUGUGUUGUGUUGACCUGUCAGUCAUUCCGUGUAGAGUAAUGGCUCUACCUUAGAAUUGUCCUGUUUCCCAGAUAAGGGUGCUGGAACAGACUGCUGGUUGGUUGUUGUGGAGUGGCUGAUGUAAUAUCAUAUGGGUAGAAUCACCAAAGCAUUCACUGUGUCCAAUGUGCCCCCCACACCUCAUCCCCCAUAUUUUAGGGCUGUCAACACUAAGCUAUUUAACUGUCACAAAUUGAAGUACCAAACAUUUACUGUGGGGCCAACAAGGCUAGCCAGGUGAAAAUACUGAUGUGUACAGAGAUUUAGGAUGCACUUGAGCUUUUGGCUGCUUCAGCCAACAUGUUUUAUCUCACUAGAUUGCUGAAUGUACCGUUUUUAACAUGAGUAUCUAAGUAUGUGAUCUCAUGAGCACAUUGUUCCACAGUUGGUUAUUCCUUUCUUGAGAUAUGACUGAUUGGUGUUAUUUGAUGCUGAUUGGGGUUAACUUGACUUUUUCCUUAUCUUUGUCCCUGCUUUUCCCUCUCUCUACGUCCCUGUUUCUCUACUUCUUUCUGUCUCUAGUUAUCUCUCUGAGGAGGACGUACUGGAUGAGGCCAAUCCCUUUGUGCAGUUGGUCAGUGGGGUGGUGUGGCUGCUCCGAAACAGCCAGGUCUACAUUAACCAGAGCAUAGAGGCCGAGUGUGACCGUACACAGGAUACAGGUACCUACUGCAGGUUAUUGAGAAUGUCUUCACAACUUAGCCAUUCUUACUUAAAAUGGUAGAGAUGUAUGUAGUUAGUUAAAAGUCUCCAUUAAGUGCAGAUCUAGCAUCAGCUUACUCAACCAUUAGAUUAGGAAGUUAAAAGCAGAACUGGCCUUACAUCAGCAAUUAGCGGUAACUUUGUCCUAGACUUGAUGUAGAAAUGUUUUUGGGUUCACAUGACCUGUAUAACAUGGACAUUUAAAACAUCAGGGAGUUGUCAUAAUACAAAUAAAUAUAAAUUAGAAAUAGGAAGAGAGAAAUUGCAUAUGGCACAAUUGACAAAUGCAUGUGGUGAAACCCUGUUUGCCAGUUCUGGCUAAGUAAAACCACCAAUGAUGUAUUCUAUAAAAUUCAGCCAGUUUGCUUCAAUUCAAUUUUCAUGCAUUUGAUCCCGCAGGGAAAUUCCGACAUUUUGUGGACGUGGUGUCGGCCAGGACAGCGGUUGGUCACGAUGAGGAGGGGAAAACUGAUCCUGUUCCACAUUGACGGACAGACUGACCACAGAGGGUAAGAAUGGAAAAGAGAUGAGGUGAGAACAGGGAGGGGGGAGGAGGAGGAGGAGAAGAGGGCAAGGAGAUAGAGGGGUGGGGAAGAAAAAAGAUAGAAAGGGUGGGAAAUAAUACAGGUGUAAUUGGAUGAGAGUGAGAAGAAGUGGAAAGAGUAUUGUGGAAGAAGAGGGAAUACAGUGGGAGGGAGAGAAAAUGGUUGGUCAAAGUGAUGGCGAACGAAAGGAAUGAGAGACAAUGCAGGUUGGACAGAGAGGAGAGGUGAGGUUAUAGGAGGCAGAAGUGGGGCCAUUUAGGCAUAUGAAAGGAGAGAGAUGGGGCUAAGUAAUAAGGCUCUGAUCAAUUCUAUUGAUCUGGCUUUUUCUGCACCGGUGCAAUGAACAAAUGACCUCAUUGACCUAGAGAUUCAUGAGUUUAUGUUAUGGCUUUGGAAAGACAACAUGGGGACAUGUCUGUUCAUGUCCAUGGCCUCUCCGCUCAAUAUCAGGCCAUAUAAAGUCAAUAAAUCUUAUCUAGUCAGAACAGUCUCUCGGCGCAUAUCAGACCAACCAUUUACCUUCUCCCAAUUAAUUGACCUUAUUUUUCACACAACUGACAUUGCUUCAGAAAUCCUAAUGGAUUUGUUUUGCAUUAAAUGCAAGCACCUUUCUCCUAUAUGGUUUUAUCGGUACUGUACUACUAGUGGUAUUGUACCAACUGUUCUCUCCUCUCUCUCUAGCAUGAAUCUUUGGGAGGUGGCAGAUUUUCUGAAAGGUCAGGGGGUCAUCAAUGCCAUCAACCUGGAUGGGGGCGGUUCCUCCACCUACGUGGCGAAUGGCUCAAUGGCCAGCUACCCCUCGGACCACUGGUAAGCCAAUCAGAAAGCUUAUGUCACACGUUCAUUGCAAUGACAUUACAAGGUUUAUGCAGCUGCUUUUUGUGGCUUUUAUUUUAGUCAAAUGUUUUUGCAAAUUACAGAUUGCAAAUUAUAAUAUUCAUGAUAUUCAUUCUAUCUCACCUGCUCUUUCUUUGUCUCCCCAUCUCUCUCUCUCUCUCUCUCUAUUCCCUCCUUCAGCGUCUCAGACCCCAUGUGGCGCUGCCCUCGGCGGGUCUCCACCAUCCUGUGUGUCCACCAGCCCCAGUGCCAACCUGAGGACUGCAGCGGGCACGGGACGUGCAUCGAUGGGCACUGCCAAUGCCAGGAGGGCUGGAGUGGGACAGGCUGUGACACCCUGGUGUGCCAACCGCCCGCCUGCGGUGCCCACGGUGUCUGUACACAGGGUGAGUGAUGACUGGUGAGGAGUGGGUACAGUAGUUCUCUCCUUUCUGAGUUCUGAACCAGCUCUCUGAGGUUACAAUGAAACGCGUCUCUUCUCUCCUCUUUCUCUAUUGUCUUUCUUCUCUCAUCUCUCUCUCCUGGUGCAGAUGGCUGUGCGUGUGACGCUGGAUGGAGAGGGGAGAACUGCAGCCAAGGUAUUCCGCCUCUCUCUCCCUCUGGCCUGGUUCAUUUAUACAACAAGUGUAAUAUCUCCUGGUGUGAAACAUGUUGCUUGUCCCCAGGACCCUAUGAUUUGUGAAGAAUGUGCUCUGUUGAGCUUUGGCAAUUAUGGUUGGUAGUUAUAACUUUCACAUUCCAGGGCAGUACUUUUAACACCUCCUAGCCCUCACAUUUCCUUACACUUACUCACCCUCUCCCAACCCCAUGACCCUAUAAUACACUUCUUACUUUCCUGGCCAAACCUGUAUCCUACAUAAUACUGUACACAAUGAGGUAUUGUCCUCAUAUCCUGUAAUACUAUACUCCCUCCAAAAUCUACAGUAUCUGACUGUCCACCUAUCACAGCUUACUAGUGUCUUCUUUUAAUUUAUUUUAUCGCGACUCCUGUGAACAAGGUGUGUUUAUAUAUGGGUGUGUGUAUUGCUAGUAGUGCGGAAGGAUAAGUGUGCAACCCUGAUUGAUUGGUGUACACCUAAAACACUUUACGGUCCCACAAAGCAAAUUCCUAAUGCCCUCUCAAUCCCUAAUUUCUCUUUCCCAUUCCCCGACAUUCCCUCACCUGUUUCAAUAAUAGCACCUUGGAGCGCUUCCAAUGUUAUGCCUUAUUCCUAGUCUCACAGGGAUAACAGUGAUCAAACAAAUGCUUUCCCUGUGGUCCGGCUAGAAACAUUCCCUCUGUACGAGUCCUGCCAAUAAUCUCGCUCCAAAUCUCUGAAUGAACAGCUGGAACACAUUAGCCCUAAUAUGCUAAGCCUUCGUUACAUCACUUCCUUGGCCCUCUGAUGCCCAAAUCCUGGACUGAAUACCUGUUGCUUUGGAGAUUAAAUGAAGCCAUUGUUGAUGUCUUAUUGUCUGUCAGGCCUUUUCACUCUUCAUGUUCAUCCGUGCUGUAGUUCCCAUGUAUUAUGGACUAGUUUAUAUGUGUGACAAAUACAUAUGUGACAAAUACAUUGUGAACAGUGUAUCUUCAAAUCCCUAAGAAGGUCUAGGAAACCAAAACAUUGGUACUAACCCCUGAUGUUGCAAGCUAGAACAGUGGUUUUCAGGAAGGAAGUUUCUUUACAUUAAAGCUUUAUUGUAUUUUCCAGUGACAUCUCAUCCUGUUUCCUUGGUGUCUCCUACAUCACUUCCUGUGUUCCCCUCAGAGUGUCCUCUGGGUUUCUACGGGCUGGACUGUGGGCAGGAGUGCCAGUGCCAGGACAUGUGCCCAUGUGACCCGGUCACUGGAAGCUGCCACGCCCUGUUCCAGGGAGAGAAGAACCACAGCAUACACAGAGGU